CCAUUGAGGGAAACUUCUAAAAGUGAGAUUAUCCUCAUAGAGACUAACCAAGAAAGAUGAUGAAUGAGUAAGGUGGGAUCCAACAAGAGGGUAGUGAAGAAUGAAAUAAUUUAUGAAUUAUUUUUUUCCUGAGCUCAAUAGAAAAACUCAAUGAAGGAGGGCAAAGACUUAACCACUGGGUACAUUUAUGAUUCUUAAUGAUUAAUAACUUGAAGAUUGAGAAAUUUGGAUAUCAUUGGUCAUAGAAAUGGAAGAAAGUGAUGAACCUGAACAGCCUAUCUCCUUAGGGAGGCAGGAAUUUAGAAGGAGAAGACGACCCAGCCAACCGAUGGUAGACAAGUCCCAGCAGACAGAUGUGACAGAAAAAAAGAAACCUGUGGCUGUAGUACAACCUCCUGCCCCCAAAGCUACCCUCAGUAUUGGUAGUAUUUCUGGAAGCAAAGGCAAACCCUCUGGUAAAGAAUAUGAGUCUCUUAGACUUUCUUCUCAACUUCAGCAAACUUGGACAAAGAGAAAGCGUGGCAUGGAAAUGACUGAUAAAUCUCUACAGACAGACGUUCCUAUGGAAGAAAAAGUCCUAUUCGUUGAUAAAACCCUUACCCUUGAAGAACCCCCAGCCCGUGUUGGAGAAACAGCUCCUGAAUUGCCACAGAGUGUUCUAGAAGUAGAGAUUCCAGCAAACAGACCCACAAGUCACUUAAUAGACAGAUCUCAGCAGACCAGCUGUACUGGUGACUGGAGUCUGUUGAACAUUUGCCCUAUAGAUAAAGUGGACAAAGAACAGCAGACAUACUUUAGUGAGUUAGAAAUUACUAUCAUGUCUAUGCCAGGCAGUUCCCUGAUUAAGUCAAAGGAGGAAACAACACCUGUUGCCCAAGAGGGUUCCUUGUUGGAAGUAAAUGGUUGUCUUGAAAUAGAGGUACUGUCAACUGAAAAAAUCUCGGAUGCCAUAAUGCCUUUCACUGAAGGAGAGUUUUCUGGUGAGAUCCAGGCUCUACCAGCUGAUGAGCUUCCUUCUGUAGAAGCUCCUGUUGACAUCAGUCAUCUGUCCGUGCAAGGGGCUCUUUCAGAUAAGUCUUAUGAUCAACAGCAACCACAGGGAGCUGAAGUGGCUCCUUCAGAACUUCCUACUGAAAUUCUACUUGCACUCUCACAAGAAGUGCUUGCUCAAGUCCAAAAUUUAGCAACUGAGGCUCUCCUUGAAAGCUCAGGCAAGGUAGAGCCUGCUGUUGCUGAGGAGUCCACUGAUGGAGUUCAAUCUCUACCAUCUGAGGAGGCUUCUAAAGAAAUACCUGUGGAAGUUCAGCCACCAUUAGAUGAGCAAGCAAUAGAAGCAGUACCUGCAGAAAUCGUUCUUGUACUAGAUGAGAAAUUUCCCUCAGAAGAGAUCUUUGAACGAGGUCAGCCUCCAUCAACUGAGGAAGUCCCUGCAGAGAAGGCUCCAGCAGAAGUUACGCCUCCACCAGCUGAGGAAGCCCCUGGGGAAGAGACUUCUGCAGAAGUUCCACCUCCACCAACUGAAGACACCCUUGUAGAAGACAUCCCUGCAGAAGUUCCACCUCCACCAACUGAGGAGGCCCCUGCAGAAAUGCCACCUGCACCAAUUGAGGAGGCCCCUGCAGAAGAAGUUUCACCUCCACCAACUGAGGAGGCCCCUGCAGAAGAAGUUCCACCCCCACCAACUGAGGAGGCCCCUGCAGAAGAAGUUUCACCUCCACCAGCUGAGGUAGCCCCUGCAGAAGAAGUUCCACCCCCACCAACUGAGGAGGCCCCUGCAGAAGAAGUGCCACCUCUACCAACUGAGGAGGCCCCUGCAGUAGAAGUUCUACCUCCACCAACUGAGGAGGCCCCUGCAGAAGAAGUUUCACCUCCACCAACUGAGGAGACCCCUGCAGAAGAAGUUCCACCCCCACCAACUGAGGAGGCCCCUGCAGAAGAAGUUUCACCUCCACCAACUGAGGAGGCCCAUGCAGAAGAAGUUCCACCCCCACCAACUGAGGAGGCCCUUGCAGAAGAAGUUCCACCCCCACGAGCUGAGGAGGCCCCUGCAGAAGUGCCACCGCCACCAACUGAAGAUGCCCUUGUAGAAGAAGUUCCACCCCCACCAACUGAGGAGGCCCCUGCAGAAGAAGUUCCACCCCCACCAACUGAGGAGGCCCCCGCAGAAGUGCUACCUCCACCAGCUGAGGAGGCCCCUGCAGAAGAAGUUCCACCUCUACCAACUAAGGAGGCCCCUGCAGAAGAAGUUCCACCUCCACCAACUGAGGAGGGCCCUGUAGAAGUGCCACCGCCACCAACUGAGGAGGGCCCCACGGAAGUUCCACCUCCACCAGCUGAUGAGGCUCCCACAGAAGUUCCUUCCCUCGAGAGGGAUCCUCUUGAAGGUCUUCCUCUAGAAGAAGAAGUUGUGAUUCCACAAGCUGAAGAGACCCCUCUAGAAUAUUUACCUGUUGAAACGCAGCCAAUGCCAGCUGAGGAGGAUGUUGCAGAAGGGGUCCCAGUUGAAUUUCAGGCUCUUCCAGCUGAGGAAUCCCCUGCAAGAGAGGCCACUGCUGAAGUCCAGCCUUCAUCAUUUGAGGGUGCUCCAAUAGAAGAAGCCCCUGCUGAAGUUCAGCUUCCAGUAGCUGAAGUGGUUCCUGCAGAAGAGGAUUCUGAAGUUCAGCCUCUAUCAUUGGCUCCUGUAGAUGAGGUCCCUGCAGAGGUUCGAUUUCCACAAACCGAAGAGACUCCUCUAGAAGGGGAUCCUGUUGAAGUUCAAUCUCUACCAGCUGAGGAGGUCUUUCCUGAAGUGGUCCCAGUUGGAGAAGGCCCUGCAGCUGAAAUUGGGUUUCCUUCAUCUGAGGGGGAUCCUAUAGAAGAAACUACUAUGGAGGCCCAGUUGACAUCAGUUGAGGAGAGCCUUGAAAAGGCUUCUGUUGAAGUUCAGCUCCCACCACCUGAGAUCCCUGCAGAAGAGUCUCCUGUUGUUAAACAGCCUUCCAAAUCUGACACGGUUCCUAUUGAGGAGUUGCCCAUGCAAGAGACACCAGCUGAAGCUCCACUUCCAGCUUCUGAACAAACUCCUGAAGAUAAGGCUCUGCUAAAAGAACAUCAAUUGUCCCCAGUAGCAAAUGUCUCAGAGAAAGAAUUAGAGUCUUCUUUGACAGGUGAUAGAAACUCUGAAGGAGCAGAUCCUGUUCCUGCAGAUGUGUCUAGGAGCAAGGAGGAGCCGAUCUCCACUUUCAAAAUAGAAGGUACCAUUAAAAUAGAGUUAAAAAACCCCUCCUCCUGAGCUAUAGCCAGGUCCUAACUUAAGCUUGCAACCAUACACUAGGAGAUUCUAGAAGUGCAGUGUUUGGAAAAUGAGAUGCUACCUGGAAGAACUUUCAUGAGCAGAUUAAAAGAAAAGGAUCCCAAGAGAAGGAGCAUGCAGGUUGGACAAUGAAUAAAAGCCAUCGCAGUUUAAA